CUACUUCCUCUGGUGGACUGCAGCGCCGCCAUCACCCAGGAUGUCUCUCGUAGCAACGGACACGACCACGAAGAGGUCGCCGUGGCAACGAGGCCUCACAUCUACUACUGUCGCUCGCCCAACAUGGAGGACUUCACCUGCUGGUGGCAUCCGCUGGACAACCUGACGGACGGCGAGAACAUCACCUACCUCCUCACCUACUCCAGAGAUAAAGGGCCCAAACACGAAUGCCCCGACUACAUGACCGCCGGCCCCAACAGCUGUCACUUCGACAGCAGCCACACGUCCAUAUGGAACAUCUACUGCAUGAAUGUGACCGCCAUCACCACCCACAAGAACUACACCUCCCAGGAGCACUGCCUGGACGUGGCAGAGAUAGUUCAGACUGAAGCUCCGGUCAACCUGACCUACGUGCUGGCAGGUGCUGGUGGAGAUGAGCUGGGCCACAGGGUGCUGCUGUCCUGGAAGUACCCGGUGCCGUCGGACCUGCAGUACGGCUGGAUCACGCUGGUGUACGAGCUGCAGUACAGACGACUUACAGAGCCCGACAACUGGAAGGUGAUGCACCCUCUGCGGGAGCCUCACUUGGAGCUGCUUGGCCUACCCGUCGGUGACUAUAUGGUGCGAGUUCGCUGUCGCUCACACAACUACGGCUUGUGGAGCAAGUGGAGCGCCGCACUGACAAUGAGCGUCCCCGCCAGACCCGCGGCAGGUAAACAGCUGCUGGUGGUUCUGCUGACGGGUGUCGGUGUCGUGGCUGUGCUGGUUGUCGCUGUCGGUGUUAUCCCACAGAGCAGAAGAAUAAAGGAGUACUUCCUGCCACCUAUUCCCAAGCCACGGAUUAUUGGCAUUGACCCGCUCCUCCUGAAGAAGGGGAACUGGGAUGAAAUCAACUGUCACUUCAGUACCUUCCACAGCUACAGACCUCCGAGCUACACUGAGGAAGUGUGGGACCAGGUCAGCGCUGACGAUGUCUGUUUCACCACACCGCAGGACUGCAGUGUUCUGUCCAACCCCACAGACACAGAGAAGGAUCCCCUCGUGGUGCCAUGUGACCUCAUGCCUGUUAAUAAUCAACAAAACGCAGCCUCGUGUGUGCAGAGUCUGGCACCCUACUGCUCCUCGCCUCCCGAAGCCUUCACCCCAUCUCUGGAUGCGUCUUCUCCGAGGCUGGAGAUUAUGUCGCUGCCGGGGACAGACUACAGCAUGAUGGGACAUCCUGGCCUUCCCAGCCCUGCUCCUGACACUUCCACUGUCACUGCCAGCCGGUCACCACAGGAUUCCUACACUUGCGUCCAAUUCAUGAACGACAGCGGCACGGUGCACCUGGUGCCAUGCCUGCCGCCAGCAUACUGCUGCGAGUUCCUGCCUUUCUCGAGCUUCAGUUUAGCCGCACACAAACGGGAGAAAGAAAAGAAGGAUGUUGACCACCAAGCAAGAAAGAGUUUGAUGACUGGGCCAAAAGAUGUGGCUGAAGCUGAGAGGAGCGGAGCUGCCGUCCCUGUGCUGCCUGUGUCUGUUGACAACAGUGGCUGAACUGUGGAGCCUGUUUUCAUGCUCACAGUGAGAUUCUGCUGUCACCUGUGUUCUGUUCCAGCACCUGGUGACCUGAAGGACCUCAGCCUCAUCACAAUGAAGCAAAUCAACAGACAGACGCAAACACACCAGAACUGGUGCAAUGAGGCCAUGCGUGUAGGUAACCAGCACGUUAGUCUUGGAUCUCAGCUCCUCUCUUUGUGUCUUCUGCUGCCUGCUGUUGUCGAAACUGCAGGUGGCAAGAUUUUAAUGUCAGCAUCCUCAUAAGUUAAGUUACCUUAAAACCUUUUAAAUUUGGAAGUGAAGUUCUGCAAACAACCACUUCAUGAUGUCUCACACUGGAAACAAAGUAACUUAAUGUUAAUGCCACAUCAGCACACGCUGCUCCUCCCCAAAACGCAGCUGGUUUUCUCAGGAAAUAGAAAAAAGUGCAGUGUUGAUAUGGAAGAUUCUGGUUGUUUCAGGUCUGGAGAAGAGAGAUGAGCCGUCAGUUUGAUUUAGUGUUCUCUGCUGGUGUGUUUACAAAGUGUUAACCUCAUAGUUACACAAGACAAUAAGCUUAACGUCCACACAAAUACCUUGAGUGCUCCUGCUGUUUUUAAUUAUAGAAACAAUGACUGGCUUAUGUCUAGUUGUCUUGGCGAACAGUGACGUACAUGAAUAUGUCUCACUCUACGUCUGUCUCACCCUCCGGUGUUUUGAAUGUAACUGCAGCAGUCUGGGCAGAUUUAUUGUGCUGCAUGUUUUCAGUGCAUACUCCAGUAUUUUGAUGCUCUUUAUUCCAAAAACACAACGUGUUUAAAACUAACAAUUAUUAACAAAAACAAAACCAGCUAAAACUCCCUCAGGAAGACACUCGCUGUGAAUGUGAAUGCAGAAAAUCUGUGGAUUUCUUUUCACCACUCUCAAGAGGUUUAAUAAACUUCUCUCCCACUCUUACAUGAUUAUUACAUGUAUAUUACUGUAUAUAUGAAUCUGUGUUGUUGUCUGAACUCUCCAAACACUAUGAAAAGAUGUAUUUUUAGAGACACUGACUAGUCACAGGUAGUGUUUUGUUUUUCUAAAAUGAAUGUAAUACAGACCAGUUUUUAUUUCACCAUUCAAGUAUGUUUUUAAAGUAUUAGCAUCUGCUCCACCUGUGCCAGUGUCUCUGAGGCACUGCUGAAGGUGGAAGAAAACUGGGAUGGGUCCCAGAGUAGUCUGAUAAUUCGUAGCAUUAACAUAUUUGAGUGUCACUGUACUCU